AAACGUAGUUAAACUUACUUUAUAUUAUUUCAUAUUAGACCCUCUAUCGCUAUUGAAGAGGGUUGUCUCUCAGUCCUUCUUACUGCUCACGUCCACCAGUCAUCCUCUCUUCGACCUUGUUUAUCAUCAUCAUAUUUCUUACUCCAGCAAUUUCUUCAACCAAAAUCCCUUAAACCCCUAAAUUCUCUCACCUGCCGCCGCUCCAGUUGGGUCCUCCGGUCAAACUACUUCGUCGGUUCGGUGCAGUCUGGCUGGUUUUAAGUAGAUUUUAGGCCGGCUUAAUCGGACAGUGAAUACAAGCUGUGGUUGAGGACAAUUUGAGGACAAUUUAAUGAAGCGACUAUAGCAGGUCUUUUUUUUUUUUUUACAAGAUGAGUUACAAAAUUGCUCAAAUCCGCCUUGUUAGUUCUCACCCUGAGGUUUAUGAACCUUGUGAUGAUUCAUUUGCUCUUGUUGAUGCACUCUUAGCUGAUCGAUCUAAUCUAGUACAACAUAAGCCGAAACUAUGUAUGGAAGUGGGUUGUGGAAGUGGCUAUGUUAUCACUUCUCUAGCCCUUCUUCUAGGACAGGAAUCUUCUUCUGGGGUUCAGUUUUUUGCCACUGAUACCAACCCUUAUGCAAUAACUGUUACCAGUGAGACAUUGAAAGCACAUGGAGUUCAUGCAGAGUUGAUUUCCACUGACAUCGCUUCAGGUUUAGAAAAGCGUCUCGCUGGAUUAGUUGAUGUAAUGGUUGUGAAUCCGCCUUAUGUUCCGACCCCUGAGGAUGAAGUCGGCCGUGAAGGAAUCACCUCUUCUUGGGCUGGAGGAGAGGACGGGCGUAGUGUUAUUGAUAGGAUUUUGCCGGUUGCGGACCAUCUUUUAUCAGAGAAAGGCUGGUUAUACAUGGUCACUCUUGCAUCAAACUUUCCCUUGAAGAUAUGUCUUGAGAUGAGGCAAAAGGGAUAUGCGUCGAGGAUUGUCCUACAAAGAUCAACAGAUGAAGAGAGCCUGCAUAUCAUCAAGUUCUGGCGGGAGUCUGAUAAGCAGUGAGAAUGAAACCAAGCAUUGUGUUGAGUCUUUGGCUUUUUGUCAGUUUUCUGAUGUAUCAUUUUGGGAAGCAGUAGAAGUUGAGUACUAAUAAUGUUUUUAAAGGUUUUUGAUGCCUCUUUCAUAUGAGAAUAACUCAUCCGAUGAAUGAUGAUUGAAUUUUACUAACUA